GUUUUUCAAAUCCUAAACCUUCUCAGAAAGGGCCUGUUUUGGUAUUUAGGUGAUGCUGUGCAUGAUGUCACUUGGGGGCUUGUGUUAGUGUGCUCAUGGCAGUAUCUUACGCAGCAGGGUAAGAAAUGAAAGUGGUGGUCAUGAAUGAAGCCGGUAUUAUUUUCCAGAUAAAAAGCAGAAGCUCUGCAGUUAAGUGAAUUAAGAUGUCUCUAAAUUAGUUGCAGCCUAGCUACAGACAUUCAUCAGGAUAAGUGAGAUUUGGAAAAUGAGAAGCUGUGCGAUGCAGUUCUUAAAACCAGAAAAUGAACCAUGGGUGUUCUUCUGUCCAUUGAGAAGGAGCAAACAGUCUCAGGCUGUUCCCUUUUUAUUGUUCUCUGAACUGGAACUGUUUUAUUCUGAUUUUGUUCAGAACCUUCAUUUCCUUAGUUGCUUUUCUAGCAGGUUUUGGCUGACCCUUAGGUACUUGGGUUGAGACCUCCUGGGGAGGGAAAGCUGCUGUGUUCCGCAUGUGGGUGCAGCUGAAGGCUGCUUCUGUGCCUGUUAGAGUAACGCUGCAGGAAAGGAAGGUUGGGUGUGUGCUGCCUUUGGGCUGUUGCAGCACUUUAGUGUGAGCUCUGAGAGCAGAGGGAAGAGCCUGGGAGCUCCCCAAGGGUGUGGAUGAGGAUGGAUGGCACUGACCUAGAUGGCGCAGCGCUUGAGAGCAGUUAUAAGCAGAUCCACGGCAAUGGAAGCAUAUAACCCUGCAUCGGCACCUGGAUUUGCAAACGUUGGCUAUGCACAGGGAAAUCAGGUCCCCUAUGGCAACCCGCAGUAUGCACCUGGGAAUUUCCAAGGUGGUGCCGGAGCAGGGCCUUAUGGUUUCCAGGCACAGCCCAUGGGAGGCCCACCUGGUCUGGGUGGUCUACCAAUCCAGAACCAGCCCACUGCCAAGGACGGGACAAUCUGGAUGCCCAUCCCUCCUCCUCUUCCCAACUGCCCUCCCGGGCUGGAAUACCUCACACAGAUUGACCAGAUAUUAAUUCAUCAGCAAACUGAACUUCUUGAGAUUUUCCUUGGAUUUGAAUCAAACAACAAAUAUGAAAUCAAGAAUACGUUGGGGCAAAGGAUAUACUUUGCGGUAGAGGACACUGACUGCUGUACAAGGAACUUCUGUGGGCCAUCACGACCUUUCACCAUACGGGUUAUGGACAAUCUGGGUCAUGAGGUGAUAACACUGCAGAGACCCCUGAGGUGUUCGUCGUGUUGUUUCCCCUGCUGCUUACAGGAGAUAGAAAUUCAAGCACCUCCAGGAACACCAGUUGGUUAUGUUGUCCAGAACUGGCAUCCCUGCCUACCCAAGUUCACUAUUCAAGAUGAGAGAAGAAUGGAUGUACUGAAAAUUAGUGGCCCGUGUGUUGUCUGCAGCUGUUGUGAGGAUGUUAAUUUUGAGGUAAAGACUUUGGAUGAGAUUUCUACCAUUGGGAAGAUUUCUAAGCAGUGGACUGGAUUUUUGAAAGAAGCGUUUACAGAUGCAGAUAACUUUGGAGUUGCAUUCCCAAUGGACCUUGAUGUAAAAAUUAAAGCAGUCAUGAUUGGCGCUUGCUUUCUUAUUGAUUUCAUGUUUUUUGAGCGUAUUGGUGAUAACCAGCAGCGAACAGGAGUGUGGCAGUGAAACCCAGAACUUUUUAUUUAGAAUGAAGGAAAUAAACCACCCAGCUUUCCAGUGGGUUGCAGAGCUCCCGUGAGAAUAUGAAAAAUGUAUAUCUUGUGCUUGUAAUUAUAUUUGUAUAAACUCUUUAUAGAGCUUUAUUGUCUAGCUUCUGUUUUUGUAAUCUAAUCAUAUUAUUUGUAGUAUUAAAAUAAGCACCCUUUGCCUGUACAGAUAAAUACUGUAGUGUAUAACAAUAUAUAGUAACCUUUUUCCAAUAAAUUUGGAAUUGUUUAUUAAAAAUUCUUAUUGUAAUUCCUA